AUGAUUGCCCUGCACGAGAACUUCUCACUGUGGAAGGCCCAGCUCGGCAGGCAGGCUAUAGCCCAGAGCCUCAGGAAACAAACAGCUCUCUUCCCCCAUUGGCAGUUACGGAAACAGGCUGUAGCUCUCUCGAAGCUUAUCCUAGCUGGGAAUACCACGGUAGGCGGGCCGUCUCCUUGGGUGAUCGAGACAGGAGAGCCACGUUUCAGUGAGAUUGCUGGAUCGCUAGUCUUGGGCAUAAAUCGAAAACUAAAACUGCAACGAAACAUAAGCCAAGGCAGCGUGCCAGAACCUGAACCAGAUAUCGCCUGGAAAUACAGUAAAGCUUACUUCGAAAACUCUUUCGACGCUAUGUUUGGAGUGAUAUCUCGCCCUGCAUUUGAAGCACGCCUCCGGUAUCAUCUCGAACGAAAUGGUCUGUCUGAUGAUGACCCGGCUUGGUAUGCACUACGAAAUACAGUAUAUGCGUUCGGUCGCAGGAUUGAAUUGUCCAAGGCUUCAUGUGCAACAACACUUGUAGAAGCUGAGGAAAGUGCCUGGCAAUUCUUCCAAAAGGCCCUAUCGGUGCACACCGAACUCCUCUAUCUUCCGACUGGACUUAUGGCAGUCCAGGCCCUAACAGCCAUGAGCUAUUUUGCAGAAGGCGUUGGAAGCCCAUCUCUCGAGUACAUGCUCUGCUCCUGCGCCAUGCGGUUGGCUCAGUCGAAGGGUCUGCACCGGGGGGAGGCCAGAGCCUGGAACCUGCCAGAGCCGGAACAACAACAUCGAAAUCGGAUUUUCUGGGCCAUCUAUCUCCUUGAAAAGCAUAUAAGUUAUCGAUCAGGACGUUCAUCCGUUAUUGACGAUGAAGAUAUAACUUGUCAACUUCCUAUCACCACACCUCCAACAUGUACUGAUGACCUAGGGUGCUUUAAGUAUAUGGUAAAACAUGCGCAGAUUUCAUCCCGUAUAACGAAGCGACUUGCAACAGGAAGUGUCUUUCGUCAGACUCCCACACAAAUUCUUCAAACUGUGCAUGAGUUGGAUCUGGAGCUUCAAGAAUGGCGAGACUCGUUGCCAUCCUACUUGCAUCCUGACAAGCCCAUUAGCCAUGACCAAUUUUCUCGAAGUCUUCACCCUUAUCACGCCUUAUAUCUCCGAUACUCAUAUUUCGGUAGCGUUAUGGCCAUCCACUCCAUCUUCACUCUUCCUUGGAAUAACGCCAUAUUCGGCGACGGAAGUCUCCCUGUGCUGCAUAAACAAAUAUCGCUAAGCUCCUACAUCGUCGUCAAUGCGGCAAGAAGUAUAAUCUUAACCCUAAAUUGCGCCCAAAUCGAUGCCUCGACGCCGACUUGGCUAGUACUUUAUUUCCCCCUUGUUAGCGUAAUAAAUCUCUUUAUUUAUAUCCUGAAAUACCCAAGCCUUCCGACCACACAGUCCGAUAUUGCGCUUAUUGAAGUCGCCGCUGGUCACUUCAGUCGAUUGGAAUACGCAUCAGCCGAUCUCGCGCGUCCUUUUGCCAGGGAGAUCACCCAUCUUGCUCGUGCCGUGGCAACGGCGGCGGAAGAAGGAAAAGAAACUAUGAGAACUGCUCCGUCUCCUUCCAUGCCGAGGCGGGAAGCAGAUGACUCAAAUACGCCCGUUUCCUUACAAUCUCUCAAUGUCUUAGAAGGUCCCAAUCCGCCCAAUCUCGCCAUCGGUUCAAGACGUCAGAUGUUGGCCCCUAAUGCCCGGCAGGUUGACAGCGAAAAUAUGGUCAACUUCUAUUCUGAUGACUGGAGUAUUUCAUCAUUAUUUCCACCACCUGCUUCUAGUCCCCCAGCUUUAUCCCCUUUCAACAGCGGCAAUACAGGCUCAUUUCUCGAUUUUGAAACGGCAGAGUCGGCCUAG